AUGCUGUCUAUAAGUAUUCUCAGCUGGUUAGUGCUACUGAUCCUAGCCCAGAAACUCCUUCUUUGUGGAAGCUCCUUCUCUGUGGAACAUGCUCUCUCGUGCCCGAAAGGUGGAUUCCCUAUCAUCCGACACAACGAAAUCAGGGAUGUUACGGCAAAUUUACUAACAGAGGUGUGCCAUGAAGUCAGCAUCGAGCCAGAUCUGCAACCGGUCACAGGAGAAACGUUUCAGGGAGCCUCUGCCAUCACACAAGAUGGGGUAAGACUAGACGUCGCCAUGAGCGGAUUCUGGGGAGGCAGGCAUGAAAGAACCUUCUGUGACGUGAGAGUGUUCAACCCACAUGCUCGCUCAAACAGAAACACUAAUCUCACCGCUUGCUGUCAAAAACACGAAAGACUGAAGAAGAACGCCUACGAACAAAGAGCCAGGGAGGUAGAGCAUGCCUCAUUCCCACCCCUGGUUUUCUCGGCAACAGGUGGAUUUGGAACUGAGGCAAUUACUUUUUAUAAGCGCCUAGCCUGUCUCCUAGCUUCCAAGAGAGAUGAUCCUUAUAAUAGAACCAUAUCCUGGCUGAGAUGUCGCCUCACCUUCUCCUUGUUGAGAUCCUCAAUUCGCUGCAUCAGGUGUUUGUGUGUAUGCAGAUAUGCCUUGAAGACCCAAAUUCCAACAUCAUCAGGCAAAUACAAGAAAGAAAUAACUUCAGAAAGAUUAUGGGAUCCUAAAAAGUCAUAA